AUGGACAACAACAUUGAUACGGAUGGUGCGUGGAGUUCACCACCUGGCAAUGACAAGAAUGGUGGUGCUGACAUUGUCUCGGAUGACCUCCCUGUAGUUUUACCAAAUACCUCUCAUAGUGCUGUUAGAGCUACAACUGAUGGCGAGGAUGAAGGUAGUCCUAAAGAAACAACAUCUUUAUAUCAUAAAGAGAAGAAGGACCAAGAGUCGUAUGACGAAUCAACCAAAGAUAUCGACUCUUCAGAAUCUUCUUUGCACAAAGACCAAGCACAGUCGCAAACCAAAGCAAACUACCCACUAUCAGAUGGCUCGGAGGUUGGUGAACCCCUUCCUUUCAUCUUAUUUGGAGGAUAG